CGUGAGAGAGGAAGCGAGAGAGAGAUGAACGGAGAGAUGAACAGAGUCAGAUUAGUGAAACGAAGCUGAAAAAGAAGCUGAAUUUGUCUCCUCUGUUUUCUCUGGAUUUAUUCUCUCUCUUCUCACUCGUUUUUCUCUCCGUCCUGGAUGUGAGUCGAUGAAUCGGUGAAUCGAUCGGCAGCUGCUGCAGCAGCAGCAGAAGAAGAAGAAGAAGAAAGUGGAAGAAAAGAAAAAGAAGAAGAAUAACAAGUGGAUUAAUUUGUAACCCUUUUUUUUUAAUUUUUUUUUUUUUAUCGUUGUAUAUUGUCGUCUCGGGUUGAAAUGCGGUGAAGUCGAGUCUGUUGUUUGAGGCUCUGGUGAGGAUUUGAACCGAUGGGGAACUGAUGAAACUGUGCCGAUCGAUUAAAACGAUGAUUUUGGGCGUUUGGAGCUGAGAGGGGAACACGCAGCGGAGGAGAUGUACGAGGAGAGGCACAAAAGUGCUGGUCGCAAUGGCUACACCAACGCAGUGGAUGGGGAGGAGGGAGGAGGUGAGGGUGAGGAAGAGGAGGAGGGAGGAGAGGGGGAUGGAGGAGGAGAAGGAGGAGAAGGGGGAGGAGAGGAGAGGGACCCCGAGUGGGAUGAAGAGCUGGACGGAGAGGAAGGGGAAGUGAGGAUGACGAGAACCGACACGCUUUACUCAACCACGAGUUCGACCGGGACACAGAGGAGGAGAGGACAACACGCCAAGAAACAGGUCCAGGGCAGUAAUCAGGUCCAGCGAGCUCCCAGAGCGUUAUUCUGUCUAAAACUCAACAAUCCAAUCAGACGAGCCGCUCUCUCUAUCGUCGAGUGGAAACCGUUUGAUAUCUUCAUUCUGUUAGCCAUCUUUGCUAACUGUGUGGCUCUGGGAGUCUCUAAACCGUUUCCUGAGGACGACUCCAACUCCACCAACCACGACCUGGAACAAGUGGAGUACGUCUUCCUCAUCAUCUUCACCAUAGAGACCUUCCUGAAGAUCCUGGCCUACGGGCUGGUGAUGCACCCCAGCUCCUACAUCCGCAACGGCUGGAACCUGCUCGACUUCGUCAUCGUCAUCGUCGGCUUGUUCAGCGUUGUCUUGGAGACGAUGACUCAUAAAUCGGACGUGGUGGCGACCACUCAUCACGUGCCGGGGAAACCAGGAGGUCUGGACGUCAAAGCUCUGAGAGCCUUUAGAGUCCUGAGGCCCCUCAGACUGGUUUCUGGAGUCCCCAGUGAGUGUAUUGUGUUGAACUCCAUCAUGAAGGCGAUGGUUCCUCUGCUCCACAUCGCUCUGCUGGUUCUCUUCGUCAUCAUCAUCUACGCCAUCAUCGGCCUGGAGCUCUUCAUCGGACGCAUGCACAGGACCUGCUACUACAAAGGAGCCGGAACUGUUGUUCACGUUGGAAGAGAAAUAAAGAGAUUUCUAUGUUGCUGUCUCUCAGGUCCGUCUCUGGGAGAUCUGUCGGAUAAGAAGAGAGGGAAGUUCGGAUGGUUCAGUCACUCCAAUGACACACACGCGAGUCUCCCUGCCAGUGAAACAGGAUCUGAAAACACUGAAAACAUCGACGAGGAACACACCAACUGCUGCCAGGCCUGCUGCUCUCAGAUGAUGAAGCUGAGCUGCUGUCGGGCGCUGCGUCGCUGGAACCGAGUCUGUCGCAGAAACUGUCGGACGGCCGUCAAAUCGGUGACGUUCUAUUGGCUCGUUCUGCUGCUCGUCUUCCUCAACACCUCGCUCAGCGCCUCCGAGCACUACAACCAACCUGAUUGGCUAACGGAAGUCCAAGACAUCGCCAACAAGGUCCUGCUGUCUCUGUUCACGGUGGAGAUGCUGCUGAAGAUGUACAGUUUGGGUCUGGCUCAUUACUUCGUGGCGUUCUUUAACCGCUUCGACUGCUUCGUGGUGUGCGGCGGCAUCAUGGAGACCAUCCUGGUGGAGCUGGGCAUCAUGCCCCCGCUGGGCAUCUCCGUGCUGCGCUGCGUCCGCCUGCUGAGGAUCUUCAAGGUGACACGCCAUUGGACGGCUCUGUCCAAUCUGGUGGCGUCGCUGCUGAACUCCAUGAAGUCCAUCGCCUCGCUGCUGCUGCUGCUCUUCCUCUUCCUCAUCAUCUUCGCUCUGCUCGGCAUGCAGCUGUUCGGGGGGAAGUUCAACUUCGACGAGACGCAGACCAAACGCAGCACCUUCGACGCCUUCCCACAGGCGCUGCUCACCUGCUUCCAGAUCCUGACCGGUGAGGACUGGAACAUGGUGAUGUACGACGGCAUCAUGGCGUACGGUGGCCCCGUGUUCCCGGGGAUGAUCGUCUGCGUUUACUUCGUCAUCCUCUUCAUCUGUGGUAACUACAUCCUGCUGAACGUCUUCUUGGCCAUCGCUGUGGACAACCUGGCGGGGGGAGACGGAGACGACAAGAACAAAGAGAAGAAGACGGAGGAAGUGGCGGUGGAGGAAGCAGCCGGAGCACAAGAAGAAGAGGAAGAAGAGAAACAAAAAGAAGUGAAGGUGGACAUGGAUGAAGACACUGAGUACGAGGAGGAAGAGGAGCCCCCUGAAGGAGAAGAAAAUGAAAUCCCAUUAAAGAUGACGGACCUGGUUCCUCCUAAAGAGAAGGUUCUUCCAAUCCCAGAAGGCAGUGCGUUCUUCUGCCUCAGCAACACAAACCCUAUCCGUGUGGCCUGUCACACUCUUAUCCACCACCACAUCUUCUGCAACCUCAUCCUAGUCUUCAUCAUCCUCAGCAGCUGCUCAUUGGCUGCCGAAGAUCCAAUCAGAGCCCACUCCUUCAGGAACAACAUUCUGGGUUAUGCGGACUACGCCUUCACCUCCAUCUUCACUGUUGAGAUUCUGUUUAAGAUGACGGUCCACGGAGCGUUCCUCCAUCAGGGCUCGUUCUGCAGAAACUGGUUCAACUUGUUGGAUCUGCUGGUCGUCAGCGUCUCACUGGUCUCCUUCUUCCUUCACUCCAGUGCGAUCUCCGUGGUGAAGAUCCUCCGAGUCCUCAGGGUGCUCCGACCUCUGAGGGCCAUCAACAGAGCCAAAGGACUGAAGCACGUGGUCCAGUGCGUGUUUGUGGCCAUCAGGACCAUCGGAAACAUCAUGAUCGUCACGACGCUGCUGCAGUUCAUGUUCGCGUGCAUCGGAGUCCAGCUCUUCAAGGGUAAAUUCUAUCGCUGCACAGACGAAGCCAAGCACACUCCUGAGCAGUGCAAAGGGACCUUCGUGGUGUAUAAAGAUGGAGAUGUGAACCACCCGAUGGUCAGAGAGAGGAUCUGGCAGAACAGCGACUUCAACUUUGAUAACGUGUUGAGCGGGAUGAUGGCGCUCUUCACCGUCUCCACCUUCGAGGGCUGGCCCGCGCUGCUGUACAAAGCCAUCGAUGCUAACGGGGAGAACUCCGGUCCCAUCUACAACUACCGGGUGGAGAUCUCCAUCUUCUUCAUCGUCUACAUCAUCAUCAUCGCCUUCUUCAUGAUGAACAUCUUCGUGGGCUUCGUCAUCAUCACCUUCAGAGAGCAGGGAGAGCAGGAGUACAAGAACUGUGAGCUGGACAAGAACCAGCGUCAGUGCGUGGAGUACGCUCUGAAGGCCCAGCCGCUGAAGCUCUACAUCCCCAAGAACCCGGUUCAGUACAAGUUCUGCCAUCACAACCCCCCGGUGAUGCAGAGGACUCACUAUGAACAGUCUAAGACCUUCAGCCACAUCAUGGACAUCCUCAACAUGGUGUUCACCGGACUCUUCACCGUGGAGAUGCUGCUGAAGCUGCUCGCUCUCAGGCUCAGGCAUUACUUUGUGUGUCUGCUGACUGGCUGGUUCUCUGUCUCCCUGCAUCAUUACUUUGUGUGUCUGCUGACUGGACUGGCUUUUGUCUCGUCUUUGUGUCUGCUGACUGGCUGGUUCUCUGUCUCCCUGCAGCAUUACUUUGUGUGUCUGCUGACUGGCUGGUUCUCUAGUGGGGAGGACAGCUCUCGGGUGUCGAUCACCUUCUUCCGUCUGUUUCGAGUGAUGCGAUUGGUCAAGCUGCUGAGUAAAGGGGAGGUCCGUACGCUGCUGUGGACUUUCAUCAAAUCACUGCAGGCUCUGCCGUACGUCGCUCUGCUCAUCGCCAUGAUCUUCUUCAUCUACGCCGUCAUCGGGAUGCAGACCUUUGGGAAGAUAGCGAUGCAGGAUUACACUCAGAUCAACAGAAACAACAACUUCCAGACGUUUCCUCAGGCUGUUCUCCUCCUCUUCAGGUGUGCCACAGGUGAGGCAUGGCAGGAGAUCAUGUUGGCCAGUCUUCCAGGUAAACGCUGUGACCCCGAGUCGGACUACGAACAUGGAGAAGAGUUCAGCUGCGGCAGCAACUUUGCCAUCGUCUAUUUCAUCAGCUUCUUCAUGCUGUGUGCUUUCCUG